AUGGAGCAUUGCAUAUGUGAUCAUCCAUCCCAUUCCACACCCAUUUACAAGCAAUAUUCCGAAAUUGUGAGGAUUUUUACACUUUUUCGUCCCGUUAUUCAACAAUCAGGUCCUUGCAAAGACAACCCGUCAUAUCAUCAUGCCCCCGGAAUUUGGGUGGACUUCCUCACAUCUCUAAGCUUGCCUGGUCAUCGGCAGGGCAAUAUCACUGGUAUAUUCAAUAACAUCAUAUACAAGAGCCCAAGCUGGAAAUUAGGAACCAUAUGA